GACAACUGAGGCAAAUGUGAUGGAUGCAAACAUAUCACAAGUUGGUUCAAGUAAUGCUCGAAUUCAGAACAUGACAACAGAAGAGCAACUAGCUCAACUUACUAGUCUUCCAGCUCCUUUGUUGUUACAGAUCCUUGGAGCCCUUCUUUCUGCUGCUUCUGUUUCUUUACAUGCAAAGGCCACUCCCUUGCAAAGCAACACUGAAGGGUCUGGUAACCCUGUUUCCAUAACACCCACCAAGCCAGGUCCUGCUGUUGGACUCCCAAAGCUGCGAGAUCCAAGACGUAAAUUUAGAGAAUCAAUGAUUGCUAAUGAAAAAGAGGUGGUCCCCACCAUUUCUCCAAGUCAAAAUAUCCCAAAACAUACAGCAGAAAUCCCAUCAUUGUUAUCUGAUUCAGGACAACAUCUUGAGGAGUCUAAAAAGCCUGCAUUUUCAGAAGAAAAACUUGUCAAGAGUGAACAUUCAAUUGAGUUGCCGAAAGGUGAAAAUGUUGAGGAUAGUAACGAGAAAAACAAAACGGUAGCUGAAGGAAAGCCAAGUUCUACUACAUGUGAAGCUGAGGAGGCCAAGACAGUGAAGGAUGAGAAAGGAAUUCUUGCAUUUAAAUUUGCAUUGGUUGAGUUCGUUAAGGAGCUUCUGAAUCCAGCAUGGAAUUGUGGAAAAAUCAAAAAAGAAGAUUAUAAAGCAAUUGUGAAGAAAGUUGCUGACAAAGUUAUUGAUACAGUGCAGCCGCCACAUAUUCCUCAGACAAAAGAGCAAAUUGACAGUUAUUUAUCAUUAUCAAAAUCAAAGAUUGACAAACUUGUACAGGCAUAUGUGGAAAAGUUUCAGAAGGCUUAGUUUUCAUUCAGAUCAGAUGAUAGUAUAAUGCAGAAACUUGGCAGCUCAUGUAUGUACAUUUAAACAAAGUGGUUUCUUGUUUUCUUGUAUUUCUCAGCGUAAAGCUUUGGGUGGCCGUUGUUAUUAGAUAUUAGAUUGUAACUGUAACGUGUGAUCUAUCUUUACUGGUAUUAUUUUCAUUUACUUGUUUGAUGCAUAAAAGGGAAGAGACAUAUCUUUAGCAUGAGUUUGUAUUGUACUGAAACUUAAUUUCCCCAUG